AUGGUUUCGUUAGGAGAGAUCACGUCUUAUUUUACUCUGGCAAAUUUCUUUUUAAUUCUUAUAUUUGGAACAAUUGGAAAUCUAUUCAAUCUUUUAACAUUAUUAUCGAAAGAUUUUCGUAAAAACUCUUGUAUAUUUUACAUGAUAUGUUCAUCGUUACUUGACUUAUUCUUUAUCAAUUUCGGAAUUCUCAUUCGUUUAUCCACAGAAUAUUUCGGAAAUCCUUCUUCAACAACAAGUCGAUGUAUAUGUAAAGUCCGUUCGUAUUUUCUUGUUUGUUUACCUGCAAUGGCAUCAACAUGUAUAUUUUUAUCAACAUUUGCUCGACGUCUUUUUUUCAUAACAAUGAGUUUUCUUUCGAUUUCAAGUCUUUUUCAUUUGUUUAUCUUCGAUAUUCACAACAAUCGAUGUACAACAACAACAAAGUUCGACACGAUUUUAGUCAUUGUUUAUCCACUUACUUUUAUUUCGUUAGUUCCUCAUUUGGGAAUGUUCAUUUGUGGAAUUGUCACGUGGAUUCAUACGAGACAAUCGAAAGCUCGAAUUGAACCAUCGUCUAUCUCAACUCAACAAUCGUCGUCGAAUCAACGAACAAAUCGACAAUUAUUUCUUUUAAUCUUUGUCCAUGCUGCUCUAUGUGUCCUUCUGGAAAUUCAACGUUCGACUUCCUAUGUGUAUAAUUUAGUAACGAGUUCCACAAUGAAGAGUGUUCAACAACAACAAAUUGAGUCAUUCGUCAUUCAAUUAAGUGUCGUUUUCUAUUAUGCGAAAUAUGCAAUGUCGUUUUAUGUUAAUUAUGCUUGUAGUACCAUGUUUAGACAAACUUUUACAAAGUCGAUCGAGUCAAUUCUCAGUCGAUGUUUUCAAUCUAAUUCAUAA